UUACCCUUUUAUUUAUUUUAUUAAAUUGGGAUGUGGGCGGGGUUAGUUCUCAAGAUGUGGGCGGGGCUUUAAUCGUGGGAUUCAUGCUGUUGACUCAAUCCAACCUGGCAAAACCCGAGCGCGAGCGGUCCGGUCACAUCGACACAGCACUCUCUCUCUCUCUCUCUCUCUCUCACACACACACACACACACACUGACAUCCCGGUACCACCGGACAGACAUGAGCACAUAAACAGGACACACACUCACGGUGCGGAGAUGAUGAUGAGUCUGGACCGGUCCGGGUGUGAGGGGAAGAUCGCACCGGAGGGCGGUACCGGCGGGGUGCGCGCGCGUGAGAUCCGCUCUCAUCACCACCAUCCUCAUCAUCACCGUGACGGCGCGCGCGGGCCCGACGAGCUACUGGGGCGCGCGCUGGACUUUAAGACGCAGGGCUCGCAGUGUUACAGGGACAAGAAAUACCGAGAGGCCAUCGGGAAAUACCACCGCGCGCUGCUCGAGAUCAAAGGACUGGGCCGCGCGCUCGGGCUCGGGGACACUGACGUCACCGCCAGACCCCCCGGCAGGGCGGGGCUAACCGAGGAGCAGCGGGGGGCCGCCGAGAGCGCAGAGCUCGAGUGUUACAACUGUCUGGCAGCGUGUCUGUUACAGAUGGAGCUGGUGAAUUACGAGCGGGUGAAGGAGUACUGUCUGAAGGUUCUCAGGAAGGAGGGAGAAAACUUUAAAGCUCUUUACCGCUCGGGCGUGGCCUAUUAUCACCUGGGAGACUAUAACUCCGCCCUCCACUACCUGCAGGAGUCCCAUAAACAGGAACCCACAGAUACCAACGUGAUCCGCUACAUCCAGCUGACUGAGAUGAAGAUCCGCCGAAUCGCUCAGCGAGAGAAGAAGGACCCUGUGUAGUUCACUUGACCACUGCUGUUUACACACACACACACACACACACACACACAUAGUGGGAUCUUUAUAACAUUAAUGUGGACUUCACUGAUCACCGUUUCGGCUAUCUGCAUGAAACACGAACGUCUUGAGUGCCACUCAACUGUCCGGUAGAGCACACUGAGCCAGCGUCAUUACAGACACAGACAGGCGGACAGACGGGCAGACGGAC